AUGGAACCAACAUUAUGUUUUCGUUUAUGUGAUACACCCGUAAUUUAUUUACAAAAUGCAGUAUGUCGUUGUUCAGGUGGUAGUCUUAUGCAUUAUAAGCGGCAAAAUGAUUAUCUUUGUAAAACACCAUGUGCAAAGCCAAUUGAUCAUUCAGUAAAAACACUUAAUACAUGUGGUGGUUCCUUAACAUAUUCAGCUUAUGUUCAAGAAAAAUAUUUUAUUCAACAUGGACAUUUGUUUGAUUAUCAAAUUCAUUUUGCUUCAUGUGAAUUAUGGGCAAACUCCGAUGUUUACGAUGCGUCUGAAGUUCGAUUAAAUGAUAUUAUUGAACGAUCAUUUUUAAAUAAAUUAGAACAAUGUACAGCUGCAUGUUUAGAUCAAAAUGCAACAACAAAAUUCAUAGCGUUCAAUGGUGAUAGUGACAACUGUUUAUGUAUAAUAUCAUUGAAAGCUAGUAAAAUCUUCGAUCGAACACAUUAUAUAAAAGUAUUACCAAAUAGUUUAUGUGAUCGUUAUUGUAAAAAUACAUUUGAAGGUUCAUCAAGUGACUUUAAAUUUCAAUGUGGUUCAUUAACAAAUCCUCAAACAUGGGCUAUAUAUGGAUUGAGUGAAAUAUGUCCAAUAAAUUUUAUUUAUAUAAAAGAAUUAAAAAAAUGUAUAUAUGCAUAUAAACAUUUUUGGAAUUCAUGUACACCAACAUCAAUUAGUUUUACUUUUGAUGGAAGUAUAACAUGGAAUAAUUUAUUAAAAAUAAUUAAUAAAUUACAAUUGAAUGAGUCAAGCGUAACUAUUGAUUUUGAUGAAAGUGUUGUUAUUGAUCGUUCAUGGAAAUGUCCAAGUGCAUUAUCAACAACAACAAUAUCAUCUUUAAUAUGGACAUCUUAUCUUUCACGUUCACGUUCAAGCUUAUAUGGUUGGAAUUCAAAUAGACGUUAUAUUUUAGAAAACGGAUGUUUACUUGAAACCUCAUAUUCAUCAUAUUCACAUCGAUAUUCAUAUCGUUUAUGUGUAACAGAUCCAGUCAAUAGAUAUUCUAUAACAGAUAAUGAAGAUAAUACUGGAACGUAUAUUGCUGCUGUAAAUCCACAAAUAAAAUAUUGUCCAACAAAUUGGUUUGAUUUAAAUGGACGUUGUUAUCGUGUUUCAAACGAACGUAAAACAAUUGAACAAGCACAGAAUAGUUGUAUUAAUGUAUCAACAACUGAAUCAACUACAGUUGGUCAACCUCGUAUACGGUUAAUGGAUAGUUCUGAUCAUAUAAUUGUUGACAAUGAUUUAAAUGAUUCACCAAAAGGUGAAAUUGUUGAAUAUAUAUCAGAAUGGCAAGCUAGACUUGGAUUUUUUCUUCUUGAUACUGAUAAUGAUGAUGGAACUGUAGAUACAAUAACAUCAUUACAUAAUCUUUAUUAUGAUAAUGCUUUAUCAUCAUCGGAUAUUGAGGAGACUACUAAUCUUGAUCAUAGACCAAAAAAUGAAUUUCAAUUAAUGAAUUCAAAUAAUACAUGUAUGGUUAUAAUACGUUCAGUAACUGAAACAGAAGAAAAAUCAAUCAUUAAAAAUACUUCUAUGAAUGAUUGUUCUAAACCAAGACAUGUUUUAUGUGAAACAAAUACAUUAGUUGUUCAAAACAAUCAAUAUGGUUGUUUUAAUAAACCAAAUAUACUUGAUUUACCAGUAUUAAUAUCAAAUCAUUUAACACAUGAAUUAUGUUUAUCAUUAUGUAAAGAAUUACAAACAAAAUUAGCUAUUCUACAUAUUAACAAAUGUUAUUGUUUAGAUGGUGCUACCCCAAAUUUAUUAAAUAUAACAACAGAUUUUGAAAAAUUUCGACAAAAAAGUUGUGGAAAUGUUUGUCCAGGUAUGUAUUAUUUAGUUAUUCGAAACAGUCAUCAAAUAAAAUAUCAUAAAGAUCUAAUUUAUAAUAAAUACUAA